AUGGCUUCCUCGUGGUGCUGGAACUGCCUUUCACGGCUUCGUGUUUCGCCAACACCGCGAGCGAUCCUCCCUCCGCAGCUCAUUACGCCCCGAGUCGCAAGCGCCUCCUUUCACUCAUCCGCGGUGCAAUAUGCCAAUCCGACCAAGAAAAAGGGUGCCCUUGUAACGGCAAAGUACCGUCAAGGUCAGACCCUGCGUCGAAAGAAGAAGAAGACCACCGAGCGGGCUCGUCCUCCGGCUGUCGGAGAACGCAAGGCCUUGCGGAAGCGUAUCGUCUUGAGCAACCCCAAUGCCCUUGAGGUCGAAGGCAUGCAGGACUUGUCUUCAGAAACAAUGGUAGAUGCUCGCCUGCGUGGCUCUGUGUUGGGCCUUCCUCUGCCAAUGUUGGAUCAGCUUAGAGCCGUGCAAGCUUUCAAGCCCAAGCAGGGGUGGUCGAUUUUCCGCCGACCAGGAACCGUCCUGCGCCGAGAUACUUUGGAGAUGGGUCGUCUAUUCGAGAAGAUUUCAGGUGAAGGGGAUGCUCCUGAAAAGGGCAAGGUUGUGAAGAAGAUCCUGACUGGACUGAAAGGUUCAGGCAAGACUGUGCAUUUGCUGCAAGCCAUGGCUAUGGGAUUUCUCAAGCAGUGGGUGGUUGUCUCAGUUCCCGACGCCCGAGACCUUGUAUCCGGCGAGACCAGCUAUUCUCCUCUCGAAGGCACUAGCCCCCUUCAGUACGUUCAGCCAAAUGCAGUGUCUGCUCUUUUGAUGCGCACUGUCGAGGCCAAUCGCGCAGUCCUCUCGAGCCUGAAGAUCUCGCAAAAACACAAGGACAUCCCGGCUUUCAAGCCUUCUUCCACUUUGGAAGACCUCGCCAAGCUUGGUUUCCAGGACGUGGCUGUUGCGUGGCCUGUCUUCCAGGCUUUGUGGACCGAGCUUACUGCUACCGCCGCAGCCCCUGGUAUGGAGAAGGAUUUCAAGCCUCGUCCUCCGAUGCUUGUGACCGUGGAUGGUCUUGCCCAUUGGAUGAAGGAGAGCGCCUAUCGAUCGUCUGAUUACUCUCCUAUCCACGCUCAUGACCUUGUUCUUGUGAAGCACUUCCUUUCUCUCCUCCAAAAUGGCCAGGCUUCUCUGAAAAACGGCGGCAUGGUCCUUUACGCCACUUCCACCUCCAACAACCCGGCCGUCUACACCCUUGAGGUCGCCCUGGAUCAACUGGCCGCUCGACAGGCUGGUAUCAGCCCGUCGUCUCCUGAAUACCCGUCUCCGGAGGCUUACAGCGGCGCCGACGAGCGCGUCUUGGAGCUCUUCAAGCCCACCGUCGGCAAGGAGCCCCAAUUCGAGCUCCAAACUCUGGGUGGAUUGACCCGUGAUGAGGCUCGUGGCUAUCUGGAGUACUUUGCGCGUAGCGGCUUGCUGCGCGAGGAAGUAAACGAGACCUGGGUUGCUGAGAAGUGGAGUUUGUCCGGUGGUGGUAUUAUUGGCGAGCUUGAGAAGCUCGGUCGUCACGUUAAGUCGACUGCACAGCCUACCGUGGUCCUGAACUAG